AUGGGGGCUCUUCAGCAUGACCUUUUGAGGCUGUUCUGCCGGCACAGCACCCUGAGGAAGGUCCGAGGGGGGAUGAACAGAUGCAGUACCAGACAGUAUUCGGUCAAGACGAUCCCGCGAAGAAACAAUCGGAUACUGCUGUCCGGCUGGAGUGUCCAACCAAGUUCGAUGCCGCACAGAGGCGUGACAUCUCACCGCUCUCGGAGCACGCUCAAUGUCCCGGAUGCAGAGGCAUUCCAAUUCAAUGCACCAUCCAGCCGACCCCUCUCGGACAUCACGAUCGUCGCCCUCGAGCAGGUCAUCUCCAUGCCUCUGGCAACCCGCCAUCUCGCCGACCUCGGCGCUAGGGUCAUAAAGAUCGAGCGGCCCGGGACCGGGGACUUUGUGCGGCACCACGACAAACGCGUUCGGGGGAAACUGUGCAGCCAUUUUGUGUGGACAAACCGCAACAAGGAGUCACUCGCGCUAGACAUCAAGCAGUCGCAGGAUAUGGAUGUGCUCCGAACGUUAGUAUGUGAGAAGGCCGACGUGUUUGUCCAAAACUUGAGGCCGGGAGACGCCGAAAAGAUGGGCCUGGGCUACGAGGAUAUGAAAGCUAUGAUGAAUACCGCGUAUCCUGGCGAAGGCAGGGGUGACAAGUUGAUUUACGCAUCGAUUAGUGGCUACGGAAGCAACGGACCGUACGCACACAAGAAGGCGUACGAUCUACUCGUACAGGCGGAGGCAGGGUUGUUGAGCAUUACGGGCACCAAGGACGAGAUGGCCAAGGUGGGAUGCUCGAUAGCGGACAUAGCGGCAGGCAUAUAUGCAUACAGCAGCAUCUUGGGGGCGAUCAUUCAAAGACAGAAGACUGGGAAGGGAUGUGUGAUCGACGUCUCCAUGCUGGAAUCGCUGGUCGAGUGGAUGGGUUUCCCGCUGUACUAUGCAUUCGAGGGCCAAACCGCGCCCAAACGGGCCGGGGCGUCUCACGCGAGCAUCUAUCCCUAUGGCCCCUUUUCGACGGGCAUUGCACCGGACGGCAGCCUCGGUGCACAGGUUAUGCUGGGCGUCCAGAACGAGCGGGAGUGGAAGAUCCUGGCCACCGACGUCCUGGAGCGCGAGGAUCUGACCACCAAUCCCAAGUUCAAGGACACGGCGUCGCGCAGUGACAACCGGGCCGAACUCGAGGCCAUCAUCAGCGGUAUCUUCGCUUCUUGGGGCGGUGGCGCCGACGAAGUCGUCCGGCGGCUUGAGAAGGCCGGCAUCGCGAACGCAAAAGUCAACGACAUGCAAGGUGUGUGGGAGCACGAGCAGCUCGCGGCGCGGAAACGGUUCAGGGAGGUCGACACGGAAGUUGGCCCCAUCCAGGCCUUCCUCCCGCCUGGGAUGAGCUCCGACCUGGACGCGAGGAUGGAGAGGAUUCCUGCGGUGGGAGAACACAAUGACAAGAUAUUACGCGAGCUGAGCUCUUCAAAGGCAAAGAUAUAG